UUACAUAAGGAAAUGAAUUAGCAUAGAUCCCCUAAGCUAAGCUAACCACUUUCCAUAGACAGAAAAAUGGGUCGCUACAUUUUAUCUCUUCAUCAUCUUCUUUUCUCAUCACUUCUUAUUUUCAUCUUGAUGCUGAAUCAUGUUCAUGCCAGCAAAAAUUGCUACAUUGUUUACAUGGGAGCGCACUCACAUGGUCCAACUCCUACCUCUGUUGACCUUGAAACUGCUACAUCUUCUCAUUAUGAUUUACUGGGUUCAAUCGUAGGAAGUAAAGAGGAGGCAAAAGAAGCAAUAAUUUAUUCUUACAAUAAACAGAUCAAUGGCUUUGCAGCUAUGCUUGAAGAGGAAGAAGCUGCACAACUUGCAAAAAACCCAAAGGUGGUGUCUGUGUUCUUGAGCAAAGAGCAUAAACUGCACACUACACGUUCUUGGGAAUUUCUUGGAUUGCAUGGAAAUGAUAUCAACUCAGCUUGGCAAAAGGGAAGGUUUGGUGAAAAUACCAUCAUAGCUAACAUUGAUACAGGUGUUUGGCCGGAAUCAAGGAGUUUUAGCGACAGAGGAAUUGGCCCAAUUCCAGCAAAAUGGCGUGGGGGUAAUGUCUGUCAAAUUAACAAACUCAGAGGUUCUAAGAAAGUUCCUUGUAACAGGAAGCUAAUUGGAGCCAGAUUUUUCAGCGAUGCUUAUGAGCGAUAUAAUGGCAAACUUCCCACAUCGCAGCGUACAGCACGUGACUUUGUAGGUCACGGUACUCAUACACUAUCAACAGCCGGUGGAAACUUCGUACCAGGUGCAAGCAUAUUUAACAUUGGAAAUGGUACCAUAAAAGGAGGUUCACCAAGAGCUAGAGUUGCAACCUACAAAGUGUGCUGGUCUCUAACAGAUGCCGCUAGUUGCUUUGGUGCUGAUGUAUUAUCUGCUAUUGAUCAAGCAAUUGAUGAUGGUGUUGACAUAAUAUCUGUUUCUGCUGGAGGCCCAUCUAGUACAAAUUCUGAAGAAAUUUUUACCGACGAGGUUUCAAUAGGUGCAUUUCAUGCACUUGCUAGAAAUAUAUUAUUAGUUGCAUCUGCGGGAAAUGAAGGACCUACCCCUGGAAGUGUUGUUAAUGUUGCUCCUUGGGUAUUCACAGUUGCUGCUAGUACAAUUGACAGAGACUUCAGCAGUACCAUAACCAUUGGUGACCAAAUAAUUAGGGGAGCCAGUCUUUUUGUAGACUUACCACCUAACCAGUCUUUUACUCUAGUGAAUUCUAUUGAUGCUAAAUUUUCCAAUGCCACAACCCGAGAUGCUCGGUUUUGUAGACCAAGAACACUUGAUCCUUCAAAAGUGAAGGGUAAAAUAGUGGCAUGUGCUCGAGAAGGGAAAAUAAAAUCAGUUGCUGAGGGUCAGGAAGCUUUAUCUGCAGGUGCAAAGGGAAUGUUUUUGGAAAAUCAACCAAAAGUUAGUGGGAAUACACUUCUUUCUGAGCCUCAUGUUUUGUCUACUGUUGGUGGAAAUGGGCAAGCAGCGAUUACAGCACCUCCUCGUUUAGGCGUAACUGCCACGGAUACAAUAGAGUCGGGUACAAAAAUAAGAUUUUCCCAAGCAAUAACACUCAUUGGAAGAAAGCCAGCUCCAGUUAUGGCUUCAUUCUCAUCUAGAGGUCCAAAUCAAGUUCAACCAUAUAUACUCAAGCCUGAUGUAACUGCACCUGGUGUGAACAUACUUGCUGCCUAUUCAUUGUUUGCUAGUGCAUCUAAUUUACUAACAGACAAUCGCCGAGGUUUUCCCUUCAAUGUAAUGCAAGGAACUUCUAUGUCUUGCCCUCAUGUUGCUGGGACUGCUGGACUUAUCAAAACACUUCAUCCUAAUUGGAGUCCAGCAGCUAUUAAAUCAGCUAUUAUGACCACUGCAACCACGAGAGAUAACACCAACAAGCCUAUAAGCGAUGCAUUUGAUAAAACACUGGCAGAUCCAUUUGCUUAUGGUUCAGGACAUAUUCAACCCAACAGUGCAAUAGAUCCUGGACUUGUUUAUGAUCUAGGGAUUAAGGAUUACUUAAACUUCUUAUGUGCCUCUGGAUACAACAAGCAACUCAUUUCAGCACUUAAUUUCAACAUGACAUUUACUUGUUCAGGAACUCAUAGUAUAGAUGACUUGAAUUACCCUUCAAUCACAUUACCAAAUCUUGGAUUAAAUGCUAUUACUGUCACUCGUACAGUUACCAAUGUCGGGCCACCAAGUACAUAUUUUGCUAAAGUUCAAUUGCCUGGAUAUAAAAUUGCUGUUGUACCAAGUUCCUUGAAUUUCAAGAAAAUAGGUGAAAAGAAGACAUUUCAAGUUAUUGUUCAAGCAACAAGUGAGAUUCCAAGGAGGAAAUACCAAUUUGGAGAAUUGAGAUGGACAAAUGGAAAACACAUCGUAAGGAGCCCCGUUACUGUUCAACGCAAAUGAAAGAUUAUUUCUGAGUUGGUUCAGUUAUGACAAUAAAAUGUAGAUGCAUAUGUAAAUGCAUGUUUGGCUAUUAGAUUAUACCAGUUUGCUUUUGUUAUUUCAUCAAUGUUGUUGUUGCUUGGGUAUGUAUGGUAGUCUAAUGAGUUUUAUAAUAAGUAUAUGUGCUUAGUAAUGAGUAUUAUAAUAACUAGUGUAUAUGUACCCUAAUAAUUGAUGUAUAUGAGAGUGUGAUAUCUAUAGAUCGUGCACAACCAUAGGUGAUUUGAAAUUAUAAGUAUUUUUUUCUAUUUUAACUUUCA